CCUGACAAAAACAUCAGCUGGAAAAGGGAAUCAUGAACAAAAUGUACAAGCUGCUCUAAAGAAAAAAGGGAAUGCGAGCAGCAAUUCAGCAGCACAGCAAAAGGCUCAAAACACACCUACCAAUUCUCCCAAGAACCAAGGACCUCAGGGGGAAUCACCAAAUUCCCUGAAAUCAGGAAUGUCUCCAAAACAUAACGAAGACAAAAAUGUGUUACAACAUUUGGUUCAGACAACACUCCCAGAAAAACAUCCUUCAGCCAAGAAGAGGAGUGUUAAGCAGUCGCAAACACCUGUAGCAAAAGCCACUGCAAAAAUAACACCUAAAACUCAGGCUCAGUCAAAGCACGCUGAGAUUAUGAAUAAUAAAGACCCAAAACCGAAAACAACUGUAUUAAAAUCUCAAUCCUCUGCCCAAAAACAUUCAAGGAGUGAAUCUCCUGUUGUCCAGAAGAACGGUCACGUCUCUGAGCACAGAAGCUCAGGACAGAAACUUGAAAAAACCGUGGCUGACGCUGUGGCAGGACAGCCUCACGACAACAGCGAAAAGCAAAGUGCAUCUUUAACAUCUGUCAUGGAAAGUAGCAGCCAAGAUAAACUGGGGGCAUCCUGUCAACCCAAUAAACAAAAAUUACCAGAUCCUUCUGAAAAUGGGGAAUACAAAACACAAUCUGAAUCAUCUUCUCCUCUAAUUACAAAAGAAACUAUUUCUAAACUGCACGUUUCACCGCAAAAUGAAAUGGAAGCAAUACAACUUUGUGGAGAUCAGACUGGCAUGAAACAGCUUAAAGAUACAGAGAAAGAUUAUAAUAAAGCUGAACUUCACUGUCAUGCAGAGUCUUCCAGUGAUGGAUACUCAGACUUUUCCAAGGAAACAAAUCAGAAGGCUGCUGCUUCAGGAGAACCGGUGAAACAUUCAAAAGCAAGAGAAGUCUGUAGUGAGCAAAGGGAUAAAUUAAACACUGAAGCAGGUCUUAACAACAGUGAAAAUGCUUUAACAGUAACCAAUAAAGAGGACAGAACAUCAUCUCCUCACGUCCAUAUGGAGGGAUUUCUCACAGCUGAUGAGCUGUGUGAUGCAUCAGCCUUGACCGAAUACAAAUCGGUUACAGCGGAUUUAGAUGAUGUUUCAGAGUGCUCCACAGAACAAAUAACAGAAAAAUGUUCCCCUAGUUACACAGAGCCUAUAGAUCCUACAGAAAUGCUAGAAAACCACGAAAAUGCAGAAACUCCCUUUGGAGACCACUGGAGUAGUGGUACGGUAGAUCCAAAAGAGAGUCCUGAAUCAGAUACCGGCAGUGCAACCACAUCCUCUGAUGAUAUAAAACCACGAUCAGAAGACUAUGAUGCUGGAGGCUCUCAGGAUGAUGAAGGAUCCAACGAAAGAGGGAUUUCUAAAUGCAGCACUAUGUUAUGCCACGAUUUUCUUGGACGAAGCAGCAGUGACACAAGUACACCUGAGGAAUUAAAAAUUUACGACAGCAGCCUAAGAAUAGAAGUAAAAAUGAAAAAAGAGGGUUCUGAUCUCUUCCGUGUUAAUUCAACGAGUGAUGAUGAAAUACCAAGAAAAAGACCUGAGAUUUGGUCCCAUCAAGGAGGUGCAAGGACCAAUACUAGAGAAAGCAAAAGCUCUACUUUCCCCAAUGCACAGUUUACGCAGGAAGCAGACCAAGUUUCUUCUUCCGCUGAUGAAACAGAGGAUGAUAGAUCUGAAGCAGAGAACAUCGCAGAAAAGUUUCCUCCAUCGAAUGUUCCUCCUCCACAGUUUCAAGGAAUCGAUAAUUUAGCUUUUGAAGACGCAACAGAACAUGAUACUGCAAGUCGCGACUUUUCUAAAACUAAACAUUUCAAACGAUCUGUUUUACUGUCAGUAGAUGAAUGUGAAGAACUGGGAUCUGAUGAUAGAGUGGAAACUCGUACUUCGUGUCAGCAUUCAGUAGAUUCUCUUACUCCUUCAGAAGUAUUUGACAGUGUUUCUCAAGAGCACCAUGGAAAGACUUUUUAUUCAAGAUACUCCCUGGAAAUUGAAGAUGGAUUCCUGGAUUGCAAACAGCCUAAGGAUAGAGACAAUAGACCUGAUAAGAGCGAAAGUUCUCCCCUACAUCUUCAUGGCACUGAAAUCCCAGGGAAGGAGAAUCAAGGUGCUUCAAUGCCUGAACAGAAUUGCCCAGAGAAAGUACAUACAGCAGCUAGUCCAUGUCCAGGAGAAAAACAAAAUGUAAAUACGAAGAAUGAGGUGGCCAGUGAAUUUCAGCAGUGCAAUAAUAAAUACUUAGACAAUGAUGCAAAAUCUCAAGAAAGACCGUGUCAUUUGGAUCUUCAUCAGAGGGAAACUAAUUCUGAAGUGCAAAAGAGCAGCUCUGCAAAACCUGUAGAAGGCAGUAAGAAUCAGAUACUGACUCAGGAAGGUCAAGUGAGAGACAGUCAACCAGCAACUACUGAAUGCGCUAAUACUGAUUUACUUCCAGGAGACAUAGAUGAUUAUGACACAAUGGCACAAACCUGCAUGUAUGAGCAUCGGCCUUCAAAAACCCUUUCUCCAAUAUAUGAGAUGGAUGUUGGAGAAGCAAUUGAGCAGAGGAUGGAUUCAGAAACAGCAGUUCUAGAUGUGGAGUUUGAAGAUCAGCAGUUUGCAGAACAGGACUGGACUCUCCUUAGGCAAUUGUUAUCUGAGCAGGACUCAAAUAUAGGUUUCAAAAACUCUGUUCCUGAAGACCUUAACUUAGCACAAUGUCUCAUCAAUCAGACACUGUUUCUGGCACGAGAUGGUUCGAAUCCUCAGGGUACAUCACAAGUUGACACAUUCAGUAGGUGGACUGAACUUAUGUCUCCACUUGAUGACUCUUCAGCAAGCAUUACAGUGGCAAGCUUUUCAUCUGAAGACUGUUCAUCCCCUCAAGGGGAAUGGACCAUUCUUGAACUGGAAACCCAUCAUUAA